AUGCUACUGUCGGCGAUUUUCACGCUGCCAAUAACUUUGUGGAAAGAAGGAAUCGCAGAGAAGGAAUCGGCCAUCAGCCGACAGAGUGGGAUGUUUGGGCUAGUCCUGAUGCGAUGCGAAGGGGCAACUGGUCAAUACGUGCGCAUUGGCCGCUUUAGUUGUCCCAAUGAUGCUAGACGGCAACUUCUCGCCACUGUGUACGAUCCUCUGCCAGCUUCGAGGAAACAGCGCAUCAAGACCGCGUCGCCCAAAUCACUGGGGUUGCCGCUAGGGUCUGAAAGCUCUGCUGAAAGAAUAAACUCGGUCCACGACGUCUCUCCAAUACUCGAAGAAUCCAGCAAGAAAGUCGCCCCCGAGCGAGCCGCGACACCCGUGCGAGCCUUGGAAGGCAACGAAAAAGUAGAGUGUCCUCGCGAAUUUGAAGUCAGCGACGAAGAAGAGGAACCUGAGCGAGAUGCAGCCGGAGCAGCCGAAGAAGAAUGGCGAGUCCACCAGCUCUUCCCUCAAUGGUGUCUGGGCCGUGCAUAUGCUCCAGGCGAUGAGGCUAUACCGAGCAGAGUCAUCACUAUCGUGUAG